AUGUUUGCCUGGAACCCUCUCCUCAACCAGUCGGGCCCCACCGAGUUUGUGUUCCGAGUGUUCACUGCUGUCCCUGAAUUCCAAGCCCUCCUCUUCCUCCUCUUUCUCCUCCUCUACUUGAUGAUCCUUUGUGGCAACACGGCCAUCAUCUGGGUGGUGUACACGCUCAGCUCCCUCCACACCCCAAUGUACUUCUUCCUGUCGAACCUGUCCUUUGUUGAGAUCUGCUACACCACCGUGGUGGUGCCUUUGAUGCUCGCCAACAUUUGCGGGGCCCAGAAGCCCAUCCCCUUGGCUGGAUGUGCUGCCCAGAUGUUCUUUUUCCUCACACUCGGAGGUGCUGACUGUUUUCUCUUAGCAAUCAUGGCUUAUGAUCGAUACGUGGCCAUCUGCCACCCACUGCGCUACACCCUCAUCAUGACCCAGAAGCUGUGCAUCCAGCUGGUGGCUGGGGCCCUGGCCCUGGCCCUCUUCCUCUCCCUGCAACUCACGGCCUUAAUCUUCACCCUGCCCUUCUGUGGACGCCGCCGGGAAAUCAACCACUUCCUGUGUGAUGUCCCUCCGGUCCUGCGCCUGGCCUGUGCUGAUAUCCAUGUGCACCAGGCCGUCCUGUAUGUGGUGAGCAUCCUCGUGCUGACCGUCCCCUUCAUUCUUAUCUCUGUGUCCUACUCAUUCAUCACACUGGCCAUCCUACGCAUCCGGUCCACAGAGGGCCGCCGGCGGGCCUUCUCCACCUGUUCCUCCCACCUCACGGUGGUCCUUCUGCAGUAUGGCUGCUGUGCUCUGGUCUACCUGCGUCCCCAGUCGAUCUCCUCAGUGGAUGAGGAUCGCCAGUUUGCCCUCGUGUACACAUUUAUCACCCCCUUACUCAACCCUAUGAUCUACACCCUUAGGAACAAAGAUAUCAAAAGUGCCCUGAAACGGGCCUUCGGUAGCCCAGGAGCAGCUGAAGCUAUCUGA